AAGAUAAUGAUGGUGCAAAAAGAGCAGACUGUGUAUCCGCGUGACCCUUGUUCUAUUUUUCUUUUUCUUUCUCUCUUUCUCUCCCUCUGUGCUCCCCAACCCACUUGGACGAUAUCCUGCCAUACUACUUGAUCGAUGGACUAUUACAACAUACUCGAGUUACCACACGAUGCGUCUGAACAAGAUAUCAAGAAAGCAUACCGCCAACUUGCAUUAAAAUACCAUCCUGACAAGAACCAUUCGCCCGAAGCACCCGAAAAAUUUAAAGAUAUUAGUCGCGCAUAUGAGAUUCUGUCGGAUGAAUCCAAGCGGAGGGUCUAUGACAACAAAAUAUCGGGUGCUGCUGCUGCUGCUGCUUCUUCAGACGAGACCCCUUACUUUUUCCAUUCAACGCCAAGGCAACAACAGCAGCAACAGCCACCAUGUAAGCAGAAUCGAUUCAGCUAUACAGACGAUCCAUUCACUGGUUUUCAUUUCCGAUCUCCCGAAGAAGUGUUUGCUCAGUUUUUCGGUAGCCGUGAUCCAUUCGCUAUUUUCAAUGACCCAUUCUUUAAUGGCGCACCAGGUGGUGUUGGUGCUGCUGGAAACGAUCCAUUUGAUUUCCCAUCCAUGUUUGGCCGAACCACAAAAACAACACGACAACCAGGCAGCAUGUUCAUGACAACAAGCUUUGGCGGGCCAGCGGGAGGACUAGGCAGCAGAACAUCAACAAGCACCACAACACGUUUUGUCAAUGGCCAUCGAGAAACAGUAACUAUAUCCACAGUGCAGGACCAGCAUGGAACGCGAAUCAUCGAAAAUUAUGGUCAUGGUCAACGCCGUGUCAUUGACAAUGGUGUGGAGGUGGAAAAUAAUCUUGACGAUCAUCAGCGAAACUAUUCCUGUCUAGGCGAUAGGGAUGCACCGAUUAAUACGAUCCAUCAAGGACAAGAACGUGCCCGACGUCAACCAGAAAGUACACAGCACACCAGGAUACCAGUAAUCAAUCAAGAACACGAUUACGAUACUAGCAGUACCAACAGACUCUCAGGGCAAAUGCCACCGACGAUGAGUUACCCAGGGAAUAAUAACAGCAGCAGGUUGUCCGAUUACCAAAGCAAUGGACUGGAAGCGGGACCCAUUCAUCAGCGUAACGGUGGUGGGCUUUGGUACUCUUUGAAAAGAAUAUUCUGUUGUUUCUAAAAUAAACAAGUAAAAGCCACUUUCUCCAAACA